CCCGUACAUGUGUAACAAUGAAUGUGACGCGACCACAGAGGAGCUGGCCCACCCUCCACAGCUGAUGUUCGACACCGAGGGUCGCAACCCCACGACCUUCUGGCAAUCCACCUCCUGGAAAAGGUACCCCAAGGCUCUCCUGGUCAACAUCACGCUAUCUUGGAACAAGACCAUCGAGCUGACCGACGACAUCGUCCUCACGUUUGAGUCGGGACGGCCGGAACAGAUGGUUCUGGAAAAGUCGCUAGACUACGGCCGGUCCUGGCAGCCGUACCAGUUCUACGCCACGGACUGCCUGGACGCGUUCACCAUGGAGCCCAAGACGGUGCAGGACCUGACCCAGCACACCCUGCUGGACAUCAUCUGCACUGAGGAGUACUCUCGCGGUUACGUGUGGAAGUACGAUAAGACGGUUCGCUUUGAGAUCAAGGACCGCUUUGCGCUGUUUGCCGGGCCGCGGCUCCACAACAUGGCGUCGCUUUACGGCCAACUGGACACCACCAAGAACCUGAGGGACUUUUUCACCAUCACAGACUUAAGGAUCCGACUUCUGCGACCUGCCACCGGAGCUACCAUGGUGGAUGAGAACAACCUCUCCAGAUACUUCUACGCCAUCUCUGACAUCAAAGUCCAGGGCAGGUGCAAGUGCAACCUUCACGCCAACAGCUGCGUUUUUGACAAAGAGAAGCUGAGCUGCGAGUGCGAGCACAACACCACCGGGCCCGACUGUGGCCGCUGUAAGAGGAACUACCAGGGCCGGGCCUGGAGCGCCGGCUCCUACCUGCCUAUCCCUAAAGGCACUGCAAAUAUAUGUGUCCCUAAUAACAUUGGUCCAGUUAUGCGGCCGAAUGUCUCGUCCCUAGGUGUCGCUAACCGAAAAGAAGCUCGGGUGUGCGACAACGAGCUCAUGCGCUGCCAAAACGGCGGCGCCUGCGUCAACAACGUCCGCUGCAGCUGCCCGCCGGCCUACGCCGGCCUGCUGUGCGAGAGGCGGCGCUGCGAGACGGAGCUGGGAGGUUGCCGGGGCACCGACUCCGGCGCCGCCGGGCCUCCGCCCUGCGCCGUGGAUUCACCGCUGCUCCUCAUCCUCCUCCUGGGCUCGACGCUGCUCUGAAGAGACCUGGUGGGAAGCGAUUAACCCCCCUGCCGACACACACACACACACACACAUAUACACACACACACACACACACACACACAUCCCUCCUUUGAUUAAUUAACAAUCAUGAGCUUUGUGGACCAUAGCCGCUUCUUUUCUGAGCAGCCUCGACGAACACUGACGAUGUGAAAAAGGAAUGUGCCACACGAAUGAGUGCAAAAACUUUUGAAUUGAAUAUCAAAGAAUAUAUAUAUAUAUAUAUGUAUAUAUGUAUGUAUAAAAAUACAACAUAUGGACCAUAUUAAAAGAGCGCAAAGGACAAUGACACGUCCCCACCUCCCUCCUCCAUCCCCUCUUAGGCCACACGGGUGCUUGAGCUCCAUCCUCUUGGAAGACGACCGUCCUCUCAUCGCCACGGCAACAACAGCUGCAGCCAAUCGGCUCUCUUUGGCGAGGCCCCCCCCCCCCUGUGGGACGCUCCUGUGAGUUUAAUGUCGGCCGGACUUGUUGGGGAAGACAAAUCAAAGACAUAUUUCCCUGGGCUUCUCCGGAUAUGUUCGUGAGAGAACGCGCGUUCUUUGCUGUCAGUGCAUUGUGGAUCAAAGGAAACCUGUGCGGACUUUGCGUACGCACAAACUUUCCGGCUCGCCCUCGCCCCGACCCAUCAUGCCGCCACUGACCUGUGCUUGUGUGAACGUCAC